CAAUCAAAUCUGCACUCCUUGCCGAUCUGAUUAAGAGGCUUUACUUCCGCUUUGAUUUUUUGGGGGGAGGGGGUGGUGAUCCUUUUUUAUUUUCUGGAAAAAAUUACUCGCAGUUAUUUUUGUUUUAGUUGCCGAUCAACGUACAGGUACUGGACUUUACAGCAACCUCAUUCUGAAGAUGAUUCAAACAGGAGUUUGAGCGUCACGGCUCAUCCAUAAGACUACUUAAAGGACGAUGAUUAAAGGGUCAACAGCUGACACAUACAGUCUUCAGUUCCUAGCACCACAGGCCCUGCCUGUCUCAAGGAACAAUGGAAGAUAACCAGACGCUGCCUACUCCUCCCUCCUCAAAGGGUGAUCUCCAGUCACAGCCAGAACGCAUUGUGGUUCCUCUGCAGGGCCUCCAUCCUGCUGAUGACCUAACUCCACCUCAGUCUCCUGACAAUGACGCUGAGUUGCUUAGACCGCACUCGUCAAAAGGGAUCCCUGCAUCUGCACAAUCUAUGCCGUCAUUGAGUAGUCCAGAAUUACUCACCGAGUUGAAGGCUGGCAAGUCCCUGAGGCAUGUCCGUCAAAGCACCGGAUUGACUACUGUCUUCUCAGGCCGAGGCCGCACUCCCCAACUCUCUCAGGAUGUACAACCAAAUGGGCCAGCCAAGGUGAACAGGAUGAGCAGAGAAGGAGUAGAGAUGCCAUUGACCAGCCGUGGCAGAAGUAACCACUGACAUUUUUUCAGCGGUUAUGUAUGCCGCAGGAAGAUAGUUCACCAAUGAAACUUAACGUGAUCCUCUCAGGGUCGAGAGUGCCUAAUAGACUGAAGACAGCUUUGUGCCAAAACCUGUCUGUGCAAUGUAACUCUAGUAAUGUCUCCUACACCUGCAGUUUUUCAACCUAUGCUGUACGCUAUGCUGCUGCUGCAAAGGCCUGUAACUUUUCAAAAAUGGGAACCUACCUGGUAACUGCCUAAAUCCAAAACCUUGCAAGCCUGCUGCCAGUUCAUCCACUGUACCUUGAAACCUCACGUGCUGAGUCUGUGAAGGUGAAAAUCAUGAAUUAUAAGAUGUCUUAUGUAGUAUUGCAGCUGGCAGCACAAUAAAAUACGAUAAAAGUGUUA